AUGGAUUUAAGAUUGUGAUAGAACAAUUGAGUAGUGAAAUAUUUAAGUUGAUUAAAAAGUUGAUCAGAUGGUAAUAUAUACCUCUUAUUUGCCUGUUGGAGUAAGGGAUUUGAACUGUGGACAUUCUGAUCGAAUAGCAGAACAGUUAAAUAUUGAUUGCCAGAAAAGUGGAUUUUGUCCGUUUCUGCAACACGACGUGAGGUUAUAUCAAUAAAUGGUGUAACCAGUUAUAAUGCGAAGCACGUUUGCAGCUAAAUUACUGACGCCAAGAAACUACUUGCUCUCGUCAAUCGUCACGCGAAUUUCGUUCUUUCGUAGCGCGCACACGCAACCGAAGUACAAGUUGAAAAUGAACGAGGCAUUUCUUCGCUAUGAGAAGGGCAACGAUAUGUUUGACAUCUCGUUCCGCUAUAUGGAUAAAACUGUAAAAGUAGAUCGUCAGUUCAACUUCUCCAGGCAAGCUACAGAGAGUGUCAAUAAUUUCCUCACUAGGAUCAAUACAAAUGUCUGUAAAUUUAUUAACGAAAAGGUAAAAAGGAAGAAAAAGAAGAAUGCUGCUUGUGAGAUAUCCAUGUUAUCACUUGACAAUGUAAAUUCUGGAAAGAUAAUGCUUCUCAAAGAUGAUGUGCAGGUAGAUGGUAAUAUAUCCUGCGAGAGCUUAUUGCAAGACUCCGCAGAACUUAAGCUAAUUAUCUUGGAGAAUACAUACAUAGUGAAGCGAAACGUACCUCAUAUCUCCAGUAUCGCAUUGCCUACGAGCAUGCUGGUGGGCUUUCCAAUUUAUCCAACUAAAUUCGAAUCACUAUACACUGAUAAGAGGCGGUCGAUAUUCAACUGGUACAGGAACAACGCUGUUAACAAUAACCCAAAUUUGUGGAUACAAGUGAGCGAAGAAUAUCUGUAUAUACCUAGCGUGUCAGAUAUCGGCUGUAACUUGAAGAUCAGCUGCAUUCCGCGAAAUGAGUCUGACUCAGGUUGUAUCGUCGAAGUACAAUCGAAGAACACCGUAGAGGCCGGCCCAGGUCCGUGUCCGUUCGAAAUUCGGCACGAAUUCACGAAGCACAAAUUAUCGGGCAAAAGUUUCAGAAUAAUGUCUUAUAAUAUAUUAGCGGACGCAUACACCGAUUCUGAUUAUUCCAAGGAUGUGUUGUUUCCAUACUGCCCGGAGUACGCGUUAGACAUAAACUACAGAAAACAGUUGAUACUCAAAGAAAUUAUAGGAUUCAAUAGUGACAUAAUUUGCCUGCAAGAAGUAGAUCGUAAAAUAUACGAAUACGACUUGUUACCGUCUCUAUCCAUGUUGAACUAUGACGGCGUGUACGUUACGAAGAACGAGAUAAGUGAGGGACUCGCUAUGUUUUUUAAUAAUGAGAGAUUCGAAAUAUUAAAAGUUGAAUCCAGUGUAAUGAGUCACAAUGUAGAUUCUCCCAGAUUUAAUGCAGUCUGGACCAAAAUCGAAAACGAGAAAAUGAAGGAGAGAUUCUUGAAUAGAAACACAACUAUUCAGGUAAUGACGUUACGAUCGAAAGAUAAUCCGUCUGAAAUCCUGGUCGUUGGCAACACGCAUUUAUACUUUCGACCCGACGCGUGUCACAUACGUUUGUUACAAGGAUACUAUGCAAUUACAUACAUGCACGAAGUGGCGAACACAGUGCGGGAAGAGAAUCCCGGGUGUAACGUGAGCGUGUUACUUAGUGGAGACUUCAAUAGCGUACCGGAACGCAGCAUAUAUCGGCUGUUCACCGAGAAUUACGUCCCGGAAAGCUGCGAAGACUGGAGAAGUAACGCCGAGGAAGUAGUAGAGAAUGUAUCCUUGACACAGGAUCUUCAGAUGUCCAGCGCUUGCGGCACGCCAGAGUACACGAAUUACACACCGGAAUUUUCCGCUUGUCUCGAUUACAUAUUCUACGAGAGAGACAAGUUGGAGGUGGAACAGGUGAUUCCAAUGCCCAGCAAAGAGGAGAUCACUCUUCACACGGGUUUACCAUCCGUAGUAUUUCCCAGUGAUCACAUUUCCUUGUGCGCGGAUUUAAAAUUUAAGGACUGAUAAAUAUCUGAAUCAUCGAACAGGCCACGUGAUGCAGUGAUUCUCGUUUCAUUGCACAGGUUGCACCAUAUCCCGAUUCAGAUCUCCAAUUAUCAUGUCAAUAUGAAAAUGUAGUAUUUUUAUUUUUACGUAAUUUUCUUUUACCACUAAUCUAAUUUUCUUUUACCACUAAAUUGAUUUUUUAUUUGCUGUAUCAUCAAGCUUAAGAGACUGGAAUCUUGUGGAUAGAAAAUUGUAUAAUGUAUAAUUUAAUAAAUUAAAAAAAUAUCGACUCACAA